CCAGAAGUUAUAGCUGGUAAGUGAUAGUAGCUGAAAGUCAUCCUGUACUUUACUGUCAUAUGCUCUGAGCGUCUAAGCUUUGAACAAAAGCGACCAUAUUAUGGAGAGAAAAAUAACGUCAUCAUUUUUCAACAGUAUAGGCAUGAAAGGCAGCGGGCGACGCGCAUUCCCUCAAGUCUUCAGAGUUUACAUGUUGUGCUGUGAAGCCCUCUAUGGGCGGGGUUUGGUACUGCAGCCGCGCGGGGCGCCUCCUCCCUCUUCUCCCUCCCGGUCGGAGCCGGGGCUGCAUUCCUCUCCUCUCGGGCUCCAUUCACACGCAGGGAGACGUCGCAGAGCGAGCACCGCCACUCCGUGACCAGCGUGGAAAUGUACCCAAGUUUUGGAAUUUAAAACCAUGGCGGGGAUACCUACGCUCCGGAUCACCUGAAUCUGUCUCCCUCUUUGUGCCUGUUUGGAUGAUGUUCCUGAUGACUGCUCUCAGAGCUYAAAACAGGGCAGUGGAUCAAUAGGAGUUCUGUUUCUCCUUCCCUGCUCCUUCACUCCCUCAAGCUCUCCUUCCUUAUUCUUUUAAAGUAGAAGAGAAAACAAAUAAUCCUGCAUAGGAUCUACGCACCAGAGCUUGUACGCUUCCUCCUCCUCUCUUUCUCCUUUCCCAUCCCCCCAGCCUUGCCUCUGUGGACACCCCAGUUAUGUAUCUUCUCAGUCGGUUAGUAACCCUCCCUAGCCAGGGGAACUUGUUACUCCUCUUGGGGUUUUUAGUCAUCAUGGGCCCAUCCCUCUCUGAAGGACAACCCCCACCUUUCAAACAGUUUGCCCGCUCUGACUGUUUGCUCACACAUUUGGCCAUCCACAACAAGACUGGAGAAGUCUACGUGGGAGCUGUCAACUGGAUUUUCAAGCUGUCUAGCAACCUGACUGAACUGCGAAGCCAUGUGACUGGUUCAGUGGUAGACAAUGAGAAGUGCUAUCCUCCACCCAGUGUCCAGUCCUGCCCUUACGAUCUGGCCCAGACCCCCAAUGUGAACAAGCUGCUCCUUAUAGACUAUGCACAGAACCGCCUCAUUGCAUGUGGCAGCACGUCGCAGGGUAUUUGUCAGUUCCUGCGCCUGGAUGACCUCUUUAAGCUUGGGGAGCCUCACCACCGUAAGGAGCACUACCUCUCCAGUGUGGCAGAGUCGGGUACAAUGUCAGGAGUUAUCAUAAGCUCCCCCCAAAGUCCUACCAGCAAGUUAUUCAUUGGAACCCCUAUUGAUGGCAAAUCGGAGUACUUCCCUACCUUGUCCAGCCGGAAGUUGAUGGAGAAUGAGGAAAAUGCAGACAUGUUUAGCUUUGUUUAUCAGGAUGAGUUUGUCUCUUCUCAGCUAAAGAUCCCUUCAGACACGCUGUCCAAGUUUCCUGCUUUCGACAUCUAUUAUGUUUACAGCUUCAGCAGUGAACAGUUUGUCUACUAUUUAACAAUGCAGCUAGACACUCAGCUGACCUCACCUGAUGCCAGCGGAGAGCAGUUUUUUACCUCCAAAAUUGUCCGCCUCUGCAUGGAUGACCCAAAAUUUUAUUCCUAUGUUGAGUUCCCCAUUGGCUGCACUAAAGAUGGGAUAGAGUACCGUUUGGUGCAGGAUGCUUUCUUGGCUCGGCCGGGCCGGCAGCUGGCCAACUCUCUGGGGAUUUCAGAGAAUGAAGACAUCCUCUUCACGGUGUUCUCUCAGGGUCAGAAAAAUCGGGAAAAACCACCUAAAGAGUCAGCGUUAUGCCUGUUCACCCUGAGGAAGAUAAAGGAGAAGAUCAAAGAAAGAAUUCAGUCUUGCUACAAGGGAGAGGGAAAACUUUCUUUACCRUGGCUGCUUAAUAAGGAGCUGGAAUGCAUCAACUCGCCCCUGCAGAUAGACGACGAUUUCUGUGGCCAGGACUUCAACCAGCCUCUGGGGGGAACCAGCACCAUUGAAGGCAUCCCGCUCUUCAUAGACAAGGAUGAUGGCAUGACUUCAGUGGCAGCGUAUGACUACCAUGGCAACACCGUGGCAUUUGUAGGCACACGCAAUGGAAAGCUGAAGAAGAUUCUGGUGAAUUCUGUGAGCCCCAGCCGUCCAGCAGUUCUGUAUGAGAAGGUGACCGUAAGUAAGAGUGGAAGCCCCUUACUGCGAGACAUGCUGUUCAGCCCGGACCAGCAGUACAUCUACACUCUGACUGACCGACAGGUGGUGAGAGUUCCAGUGGAGAGCUGUGAGCAGUACACCACUUGUGGAGAGUGUUUGGGCUCCAGAGACCCCCACUGUGGUUGGUGUGUUCUCCACAAUGUAUGUUCUCGUAAGGACCYCUGUGAAAGAGCCGGAGAGCCUCAGAGGUUUGCAUCCGACCAGAGACAGUGUGUGGAGCUGACUGUUCAGCCCAGAAAUAUAUCUGUCACCAUGUCUGAAGUCCAGCUGGUCCUCCAGGCUCGUAAUGUGCCCGAUCUGUCAGCGGGGGUUAACUGCUCCUUCGAGGACUAUGUGGAAACAGAGGGACGAAUCCAAGGUGGACACAUCUUUUGCUUGUCUCCUUCUGCCAGAGACAUUGCUCCGAUCACCAGAAACAAAGGGGACAAACGGGUGGUGAAGCUCUACCUCAAGUCCAAGGAGACGGGGAAGAAGUUUGCCAGCGUCAACUUUGUCUUCUACAACUGCAGCGUUCACCAGUCCUGCCUUUCCUGUGUGAAUGGCACCUUCCCGUGUCACUGGUGCAAGUACCGCCACAUGUGCACUCAAAAUGCCAAUGACUGCUCUUUCCAGGAAGGUCGCGUCAACAAUUCAGAGGAUUGCCCCCAGAUUCUGCCUUCAACCCAGAUUUACAUCCCAGUCGGCGUGACCAAGCCCAUCACCUUAGCUGCCAGAAARCUACCACAGCCCCAGUCUGGUCAGAGGAACUACGAGUGUGUCUUCCACAUCCACGGGGAGGCCCACAGCGUUCCUGCACUGCGCUUCAACAGCUCGUCCAUCCAGUGCCAGAAAACAUCGUAUACUUAUGAUGGCAACGACAUCAGCGACCUGCCUGUGGAUCUGUCCGUAGUUUGGAAUGGAAACUUUAUCAUCGACAACCCAUACAACAUCAAAGCUCACCUAUAUAAGUGCUAUGCACUGAGAGAGAGCUGUGGGAUGUGUUUGAAGGCAAACCCAAGAUUUGAGUGUGGCUGGUGCGUAGGGGACAAGAAAUGCUCUCUGAGACAAGAGUGUACUUCCUCAGACAGCACCUGGAUGCAUGCUACAACUGGAAACAGCCGUUGUGCACACCCCAAAAUCACAAAGUUGUUUCCAGAGACUGGGCCUCGGCAGGGAGGAACCAUGUUGACCAUCACCGGUGAGAACCUGGGUCUACAAUUCAAAGACAUCCAGAAUGGAGUUCGCAUUGGGAAGGUGGCAUGCAACCCACAGGAGGACCAGUACAUCAGUGCUGAGCAGAUUGUGUGUCGGCUGAAUGAUGCAACCGGUUACCGAGUGCAGGAGGCCCAGGUGGAGGUGUGUGUGAGGGACUGCAUUCACCCCGACUACAAAGCCACCUCAACCAAAGCUUUCACCUUUGUGUCUCCAUAUUUUACUCGUGUCCACCCCUCUGCUGGGCCUCUGUCUGGAGGAACAAGGAUCACCGUUGAAGGCAGUCAUCUCAAUGCCGGCAGCGCRGUGUCUGUGAAAAUCGGUCUCCAUCCCUGCAGCUUUGAGAGGAGGGGCAGUAAGGAGAUUGUGUGCGUGACCCCUGCAGGGCAGGCUACCGGCCCCACACCCGUCAUGGUGGACAUCAACUCUGCUGAGCUGAGGAACCCGGAGGUGAAGUUCAGCUACACAGAUGAUCCCACCAUUCUCAAGAUUGAGCCUGACUGGAGUAUCGCCAGUGGAGGAACCCUGUUGACCGUUACUGGAACCAAUCUGGCCACCAUUAAGGAGCCCCGAAUGAGAGCCAAGUAUGGAUCUGCACAAGGAGAAAAUAACUGUACAGUUCUCAACAACACAGUAAUGGUGUGUCUGGCGCCCUCUGUGAAUGGUUCUGACAAAAGCUUUUCGGAAGUGGGAAGCAGUCCAGAUGAGAUUGGUUUUGUCAUGGAUGGUGUCCGCUCUGUGCUGGUGGUGAACGAGACGUUCAGCUACCACCCGAACCCUGUGUUUGAACCUCUGAGCUCUACAGGCAAGCUGGAGCUGAAACCCAGCUCUCCACUCAUACUCAAGGGACGUUACCUGAUUCCUGCAGCCCCAGGAAACACUAAGCUGAACUACACGGUCCUGAUCGGAGAGACACCCUGCGCUCUCACCCUGUCAGAGAGUCAGCUGCUGUGUGAAUGGCCCAACCUGACCGGAGAACACAAAGUCACCGUCCGUGUUGGGGGCUUUGAAUAUUCCCCGGGGACACUGCAGAUCUACUCCGACAGCCUGCUCAGCCUGCCUGCCAUCAUUGGUAUUGGAGGUGGUGGUGGCCUGCUUCUUCUGGUCAUCAUUAUGGUGCUGAUUGCUUAUAAAAGGAAGUCACGGGAUGCAGACCGCACCCUCAAACGGCUGCAGCUGCAGAUGGACAAUCUGGAGUCCAGGGUGGCCCUGGAGUGCAAGGAAGCGUUUGCAGAACUGCAGACAGACAUCCACGAACUCACACAGGAGCUGGACGGAGCAGGAAUCCCCUUCCUGGACUAUCGCACCUACGCCAUGAGGGUCCUCUUCCCUGGAAUUGAGGACCAUCCUGUGCUCAAGGAGAUGGAGGUACGGGUCCCUGCAAACGUGGAAAAGUCCCUGACGUUGUUCGGCCAGCUGCUGACCAAAAAGCACUUCUUGUUGACCUUCAUUCGCACGCUGGAAGCCCAGCGCUCUUUCUCCAUGCGAGACCGAGGCAACGUGGCCUCCCUCAUCAUGACGGCACUGCAGGGGGAGAUGGAGUAUGCCACAGGCGUCCUCAAACAGCUCCUGUCUGAUCUCAUCGACAAAAACCUGGAGAGCAAGAACCACCCGAAGCUUUUACUCAGGAGGACGGAGUCUGUCGCUGAGAAGAUGCUCACCAACUGGUUCACCUUCCUGCUUUACAAGUUCCUCAAGGAAUGUGCGGGUGAGCCUCUCUUCAUGCUGUACUGUGCCAUGAAGCAGCAAAUGGAGAAGGGGCCAAUAGAUGCGAUCACAGGAGAAGCUCGUUAUUCCCUCAGUGAGGAUAAACUCAUCAGACAACAAAUUGACUACAAGACAUUGACGCUGCACUGUGUGAACCCAGAGAAUGAAAAUGCUUCAGAGGUGACGGUGAAGAGCCUGAACUGUGACACAGUGACACAGGUGAAGGAGAAGCUGCUGGAUGCUGUGUACAAAGGGACACCAUACUCCCAGAGACCAAAGGCCUCGGAUAUGGAUCUGGAAUGGCGGCAAGGCAGGAUGGCCCGGAUCAUCCUUCAGGAUGAGGACGUCACCACUAAGAUUGAUAAUGACUGGAAGAGACUCAACACUCUAGCUCACUACCAGGUGACUGAUGGCUCACUGAUCGCCUUGGUGCCUAAACAAAACUCCGCCUACAACAUCUCCAACUCCUCCACAUUCACCAAGUCCCUCAGCAGAUACGGUACGAGAGAAGAGAGCAUGCUGAAGGCCAGCAGUCCAGACAGCCUGCGCUCCCGAACGCCUAUGAUCACCCCUGAUCUGGAGAGCGGCACCAAGCUGUGGCAUCUGGUGAAGAACCACGACCACUCAGACCAGAGGGAGGGGGACAGAGGGAGUAAGAUGGUCUCUGAGAUCUACCUGACCAGACUGCUGGCCACGAAGGGCACGCUGCAGAAGUUUGUGGACGACUUGUUUGAAACCAUCUUCAGCACAGCGCACCGGGGCAGCGCCCUGCCGCUCGCCAUCAAGUACAUGUUUGACUUCUUGGAUGAGCAGGCAGACAAACACUCAAUAACAGACCCAGAUGUCAGGCACACUUGGAAGAGUAACUGUCUUCCACUGAGGUUCUGGGUGAAUGUGAUUAAGAACCCCCAGUUUGUCUUUGACAUCCACAAGAACAGCAUCACAGACGCCUGCUUGUCUGUGGUGGCUCAGACCUUCAUGGACUCGUGUUCAACAUCAGAGCACAAACUGGGGAAGGACUCGCCUUCCAACAAGCUGCUGUAUGCUAAAGACAUCCCAAACUACAAGAACUGGGUAGAAAGGUACUAUGCUGACAUCUCCAGGAUGCCUGCCAUCAGUGACCAGGACAUGAGUGCCUACCUUGCAGAGCAGUCCCGCCUUCACGCCAACCAGUUCAACAGCAUGUCUGCUCUACAUGAGAUCUACUCUUAUAUUGUCAAAUACAAGGACGAGAUCCUGUCAGCUUUGGAGCGGGACGAGCAGGCAAGGAGACAGAGACUGAGGAGCAAGUUGGAGCAGGUCAUCGACACAAUGGCCCUGACCAGCUGAGGACCAUACACCUCCUCCUCUUCCUCCUCCUCCUCCUCACUUCUCCUCUCCAUCUGUUGCUCUCUUCUCUCCUCGCUCCUUCUCACCCAGACAACAAACAGAAAGUCCCAGCCGCCAGCAGUACGAGCUGCAAACGGACCGCAGCAGUAAACGGCAGCGUGUGCGGGGAGGUCCGGCGGAGAUGGGCGGGACCCGUGUACGCUUACAUGUGUAUGUUUGUGUUUGUCUGCAGCCCCGUGCCGUGUGUGUGUGGGCUCGUGUCUGUGUGAGAGACUGAGAUCAGCGGACGCCUUCACACACGCACACAUGGAGAACAAGUCGAUGGACAGCAUUUAAUUAUCGUGGAUGUUGGUGUUUGUGGUUUGUUUGAUUUUGAUUUCUGAAGUUUUGUCAUUAUGACGCUGAUGAUGAUGAUGGUGGUCAGGAAAGAAUCAACAGGAGCUCAGAAAGGAACUCCAUAUAUGGCAUCAUUAGCAGAAUGGACCAAUCUGUCGCGAGCCAACAGAGAGAGGCUCUGUAGGUCAUGUGACUCCCAACAGUUGUCACAGUUUUAAAACUUUCUUUUGUAUAAAUGUAAUCAACUGCCCACUCUCUGAUCUCUCGCCACUUGUAUUACUGCUGAAUUUGCACAAUUUACAGAAACGUUACAAAGCGAGACUAUAUAGAUAUUAUAUAUAAAUACAGCAAAGUUUUUAAUAAAAAGACUAGGGGAGAAACAUUUCUGUUGUUUUCUAUUUCAUUUAAACCAACAAACACAAUAGAAAAAAAACAAUGCAGCAAAAACCAGAUUUGUUCUUUCAAGUACAAAAAGAAAAAUAGGCAGAAAAAAAGGAGCGAAAAAUAAAAAAAUUUGUAACUGUG